AGAUCACGACUGUCCGUGGGACCAUUCACACAGUUUUAUUUUUGUACUUCUUUGCACGGAACAAAGCUGCGGACUGCCAACUUACAAUUAUUUACGUCAGCGUUAUUCUCACGACUCAACCGAAGGAUUGUAGUACAAUCAUUGUACUCCACGAUCGCGCCGCCAGUAGAAAAAUAACCAGUCACUUUGUCAACAUGAAGAUGGCUUCGCGUCGCUUAUUUUCCCUGUCGAUUGGCAUUGGUGGAGUGCUGGGGCUGUCUCGACUGAUCCCUAUCGGGAUCGUUUUCAUCCGCCCCACUGCUGUGCUCGGGCGCUCAGCUGUCUUUGGAGCGGAGGAGAGGACAAAUGAAUCUCAAUCUUCACUAGUGGCAGAUGAGGUCGUGGACGAAGCCGUCGCACGUUCUGGUACUACUGCCUCAGAAGCCCUUACUACCGCCGCCACUGCAAAUGUUGCGGAGCAGGUCGUUGAAUCUUCAUCGCUUCGUCGUGACCAGCAGCAGCCUUUUCUUGAUUCCCCGGUACUGUCACAAUCACUCGCGUCCUCUGGUGGAACCAGCACGUCGGAGGUUGUGCUGCCGAUUAAGAAGCGCUCGCAGGAGGGAUCGGCCUCGGCAGGAUCCUCGUCCGGGAAGAUACAAAGUCUUGCACGCUCUACAGGUUCCCUACCCGCGGCGCUGGAUGAAGAAACCAUUGUUGGUGGAAAUGACGAGCGACAUCAAGAUACUCAGAUGACUACGUCUGGGCUUCGCCUGCAACCUUCAAGGUCGGGUGAGGAAGGAGACGAGGACGUCGCGAUGAAAGCCGACGGAGGUACUAACGAUGGUGCAGACAACUCGGAAGAUGAAGAGCCGAUGGGCGCAUCGUGGACCACGCUCGCGCAGCCGACCAUUGCCGAGCAUCAACAGCAACUGAGGCAAAGGCGCAUGAAACUAACCCGGAGUGGCCGCAUGACGCAGGUCUUCGCGAGUCAUUCGGGCUCCCUGGAUAGAUCUUCCUCGGGUCCGUUCUCAUCUUCCCAGCAGCACGUCAGCGGCCCACUGCCGGGCGGUACCAGUAGUGGCGCGGAUGGUGCAGCUGGAGAGUCGGGUUCUUUACUGGACCCAGAAGGAGUACCAUUGCCAGACGUGCCCAUGACGUUCACAGACUUCACCCCGGAGAGCCAGGAUUCCCUGAUGCGACGCGUCCACACGCUGGUAUUGGCGACGACAAAAGACGCCGUGCAGCGGGCGAGAAGCUUUUUUGACCAAAACAGUCCGAGUUACUACCAGAAGAAACCCGAAUAUCUCCACGCGAAACCCUCAGAAAAGCUAAAAUUCCGCAUCGCCGAGGAAAUUGUUGGGAGGAACGAGAUAUCCUGUGCAAAAGUAUCGUACUCGUAUAAAUGCAAGUCUUGCAUUACAAAUCUUGUUCUCCAUGCAAAUCUGUAUUACAAAUUUUAUUUCACAUGCUGAAAAGAUGCAUUUAUACGAGUACGAUAGGAUACUUUUGCAAUUCAUACGAGAUCGGCGAUUUGGCCAAGUCCGGCGCCUUGAUCAACGUGGUGCCGAAAGACAUCGUCGCCUCCAAACCGGGCGCAAAAGGAUACAACAAAGCCCACGAGGAAAGGAAGUACCAGGCGCGGCUGAAGUGGGCGCCCACUUCCGUUGCCUUCGCGAUGAUGACGGAUAUUUGGACGCCCGCGCGGCGCGUGGAAUUUCUGGAUGAGUGGACGAAUGAAUCGAAGUACCCGGCUAAUUCUCUAAAACUUCUCACCACGACCACGGACUACAUGCGCACUCUCGAAGAGCGGGAACAAGCAUCGCAAGUACAACCUGGUAUGAUCGCGAGAGGAGCAGGAGGUAGUGGAGUGGCUGGCGCAGCGCCAUCUACAACUACUUGCUGCUCCUCACCCGGCGCAGCGUUUCUUGCCACAGCUGACCGCCUCGCAAGCUUUCUACCACGACCGUCGAGACGCGGUGGCGCUGCUGGAGCAGCAGGUAGUGGUGGCUCAUCGGAAGAUGUAGACGAGACCACGGAGUUUGACUUUGACACGAACAUCCGCACCAUUGCGUUUGGCGCGACCUGCGACACGAUGUAUGUGGCAGAGAACGAAUCCUUGCAGGAUGUGCACAUGGCUGCCAUCAAUCCCGAGCUCACGGAGGAAGACUUCUCCUUUUAUUACGGAACCAACAGCAGAGGAGAUGUAGUUCCAGCAAGUACUAUAGCUACAAAAAAGCAGCUCACUCCGCUGACAACUCACCUCUAUCAGUUUCCGUAUGUGAAGAAACUUUUACAGGAAACAAAAUCCGGCAAGGAGAAGAACGUUCUGCAAGCCAUGAUGCACCCGGACGACAAGCAAGUCCUCGGGCUUGCCGCUCCCCACAUCCUUCGGCCCUGGCUGGCGAGUGACCACGAACCUUUGGAACUGACGGCGACUUUGAAGGUGGAGCUGCAAGGAGACGAAAAUAAGGCGUUGCUGCAAAGAUUCGUGGAAAGAAUGAAGCAGGAGCUUGGUGACGAACAUGGAGGUGGGCGUGGGCAGUCCACAAUGUAUAAAAAUCCGGUAGACGGACGAAGCCGAAAGACCACAACUAGUGGAGCAUCAUCGUCCUCAUCAUCUGCGGCUGCCACCGACGUGCAGCUGGCGCACACUAAUACAGCACCUGACUGUACGGCCGGCAUGCUGUCCUCAAUUACCCUGCUCACCAGCUGCAUGGCCGCUCUAAAAGUUUCCGCGUCGAGCCUGGCCGGAAAAGCGAUAUUCUCCUCACCGGUAGCGCUAUCGGUUGGAGAAGCGCACGACCGGAAGGUAGCGGAACUGGAAAACUCGAAGACGGUCCAACGCCUAGCGUUCAAAAACGCGGUGAACUUGAACGCUGUUGGCCAGAUCAUAAGCUACAUUCUCAGUAUCAAACACAAGGUCUUCCAGUGGAACACCCUCGGAUGGGGCGUUGCGCCCAUGCCGCAGCCGAGGGUGAAAGUGGCUACCGGGUGGAAGACGCUGAACGCCGAAACGGGCGAGGAAGAGGAUGAGGAGAUCACCUACAAUCCCCAACCCGCCGUUGCCGCGGCGGUGUUGCACAAAAAGCUGCGCGAGCUGGACGAAUUUUUGGCGGAGAACCCCAUGUCUAUCGUGGCAGUGAUGUUCCAGGAGGAUUUGUACACGGGCAAGCCGAACGAAAACUAUGACACGCAAGGUGAUGUCGACGAGGACACGUUAAGUUGCCACCUGGAUGUAAAGCCGCUGGAAGGGUAUUGGACCCGGCUGCUCGGAGAGUUUGGCUACGAACUGGCGUCGAAUCCGCAGCAAUCGUAUCACCAGGGGCUUCCGCCCCCGAUGCGGAACAAUUUGGUCGACCACGUCCCGGCGGCGCAGGAAUCUGACAAAGAGGUCUUCAAAGCGGAUAAAUUCUUCCACUCCGUCCUUCCCGAGGGGAGAAAAUUACUGAUGGGCAACACGGUGUACCUGAAAUUCGGCCCGAUGCUGAAAAAGUUUUGCGACGACGACCUGACCUUCGAGCAAAAAGGCUGGAACGGCGCCAUGGAGCAUUACCCCGACGGGAUCCCGCGCCGGUCGGUCGGCUACACGGUGGUCAAGUGCAAGGGGAUCAUAAUUUUGGCCGAGGGAGAGAGCCACCUGUCCGGCGGAAAGUACGACGACGAAUUGACGCAAGACGCCACACUGAAGGGGGCGUUUCAGAAGAAGCGGUUGUGGACGGAGAAUGAUAAGCACGGAGGAGAUAGUAUGUAGUGAGGUCACCGAACGGUUCUAACCAGGGAGUUUUUUUGACAGCUACCCUGAAAAACGACCGGCAGUUUUCAAGCGGCCGGAGGCGCUUUUUGACAUAAAAAAGUUUUAAUUAUCAAGCGGACGGGGCUUUGCCGUCAAACAAGCCCGGUCGAAAACUAUCGAUUCGCACUGGGUAAAACGACGCAGGGGAGCCUGCAAAUAGGGCGCCCUUCUGAGGCGCCCGCCGCCUUGGUUUCUGGCGAUUUGGGGCGCCCAAAAAGAGGCGCGCAAAAAACGCGCCCAAAAUCAGAACAGCGAAACAGCAUGGCGCGGCCGCGAUUUCGGAGCAUUUUGGGCGGCCGCGAAAGCGGUCGCCUUUUCGCCGGUUUUAAAGCCUGGGAAGCUUUGCAAAAAGCGCCGGCGUGAAAAAUAAAAACGCGAAAAAUAAAAAGCGCCCCAGACGCGCAAAGCCAAUCCGCAUGCUAUGGGCCCGGUUUUUCUUCAAUUUUUGGGCGCCCCCCGUGGUACCCCGAUCGGCCCCAUAGCAUCGGGGCUGGCUUUCGGAAAGGAAUUUUGGAAAUGUGCCAAAGUUUGUGACGUUUCCCAAGUGGCCGCCAUACCGUGCGGCAUAACGUUACUCACGGCGGUAUGGCGAGCCCAGAAAAAGCAAAGCCGCGGCCAAGGCGGCGGCUGGCAAAAAAACGCCCACGACCUCACUACCCCCGCCCCGGCGGCUAUAUUUGGUACUGCUGGCGCAGACGAUGAAGAAGACCUGGCUUCUGCGUCCGCCUCCUCUUCGCCCAAUGCUCCUGGAGUCGAACCAGCGGAAGAUGAGCAGGACCCAAUUCGUGUUGCCUCCGCAGCGACAGUCAGCGAGACACCGACCGGGUCUGCUGCUGGACGCGGUCCACGCUCCUUGGCGACCCCUCGCAAGAAGCAGACUCCCUGGGAACAGUACCACACAACUCCCCGGAACAGCGGCGUGCGACCGGAAGACGUGAUCCUGUCGCCGACGGCCAGCGGCACGGAGAUGCACUUUCGCGGAGCCGGCACGCUGCAGCGGGCGCAGGUGCGGGUUUUCGGGGAAAAGUUGGCCGCAGAGGGGGCGGCGGCCGUCAUCCUCGGCUUCGAUGCGAACUCCAAAACGCACAUGGAAUACGUGCACUGGGUACAACUACAAACUAGGAAAGUGGUUGCCGUUCUGCGAAUUCUUCUCACAUCAUUUUUUUGAAAUUUAUUUAGAUUGACAAGAAGCAGCCACUGCCAGAGAAGUAAUAGAACACUUCCGCUACAUCUUCAUGACCUGGUUGACCUGUUUGAAAAAAAUUUAUCGCAGGUGUAUGAAAGUCUCCUAUUCAAACCGGAGUACGAGCAAUUGGUACAGCGAAUGAAGCAAGAUUUGCAGGACUUCGGUAUGGAGAUGGAGUACGAUGAGAUCGUUCAGGAAAUCUUCCUGGAGCAAAUGCCGAACAUCGAGCAGCAAGGUGUUGGGACCACGAGGAGGACCAGCGGAGCUGCCCCAGUUUUAGCAUCAGCGCCAGCACAUCAAGCUGCCUCAUCCGUGUCGGCUACACCUGUUGGAGAGCAAGUGCCUGGUGCAUGCCAGUUGCAGAAUCCAAAUCUUCUUGACGUUCCGCCUCCUGGUGAAGCCGUGAUGCGACCGUAGUUCGACCGCAUGUUUGUGGCUGUGUUGUCCGUCCGAUGUCUUCUUCUCCGUGUACCAAAAGGAUGCUCUUGGUGCUUCGUCCUCGAGUUCCAGCAAAGGAGACAAGCUGACUCGCGUGGUCAGAAUAAGUCACAACGCCUAGAAGUUGUGUGCCAUACCGUUACCUCGGAGCUUUGGGUAUUACACAUGGACAUAAUUGAAGAUGCAUUUUUAACAACACCUUUGGCGAUGUCCGAUGCAGGGCCUCUGUUUUUCUUUCUCAAUAAUUGUACCAGUGCGUACAAGUAGAAAAAAAUCAGUAUUUUAGCCUCUGCAGAAGCAGACGCUCCUAACGCAAGCAACCUGGUCACAGCUUGAAUAGAGGUGGUAUUACUUCUAGAUCAACAUGACAGAUUGAAAUUCCUUCGUUUACUACCGAAAAUAGUGAAAGUCACUAGCUUAUAAAGUAGAGCCUGUCGUGUAGUUUUGUUGACCUUUUUCUUAUUUGGCUGAAGUGACCAUGGUGAUGCGGAAGGACGGUACGUUUAUCUCCGAGAAAAUGAACAAGGAAAACCGUAGGUGGCAAGCAACAAAGAUUGAUUAUACACGACCUCGUGGUCGUGGUCGAGGUCGAGGAAUAUUAUAUGUUGUUCGCGUCAUCAAGAACAACUACUGCGCAACAUGUCUGCUACACGAACAGAUGUAAGAGUGUCCUUAGACCUCAACCUCAUGCUGCGCGGGUACUGAGGCAGGUUGUACGCCCUUCCUUUAUGUUAAAAUCCGCUAAUCGCAACCGCAAGACCAGAAGCCGGGUGCAACUGCAUACAAUUUUGUGCUAAAAAUGAACUAAGCAAUCAGGUAUAGAUCAUGUCGUACUGUAGGAUCGUGUACUGUACAUUCUGCAAACUAUUGGAGGCGUAAU